GGCCCCUUGGAAAAAGGAAAGGAACGCGGAGAACGACGAACCAUGGCAGCUAUGGUUGCUGCUUGCAGUGGUCUGGGGAGGAAGAAGUUGACACACUAUGUAACGGCUGCUGUCUGUCUUCCAGAUCGUGGAACUCGCGCAGUGGUAUGGAAAAGAGGUUGUUCACAACAUAAACAGGUAACCAGCAAUGAGGACCUGCCCAUUCCAAUGGAAAAUCCUUAUAAAGAACCUCGUAAGAAAUGUAUCUUGUGUGGGAAACGUGUAGAUUAUAAGAAUGUGCAGCUUUUGUCCCAAUUUAUUUCUCCAUUUACGGGAUGCAUUUAUGGAAGACAUAUCACAGGUCUUUGUGGGAAGAAACAGAAAGAAAUAACAAAAGCAAUUAAGAGAGCUCAAAUACUGGGGUUUAUGCCAGUUACAUACAAGGAUCCUGCAUUUCUCAAAGACCCUAAAGUUUGUAACAUCAAAUACCGGGAAUAAAUUAUAUGAGGUUUAUUGCCAAUAAACUUAUUUUAUAGUAA